AUGGAUGAGGGUACAUCUCAGUAUUAUUUCACUGCUUCAAUGGAAUCUGGAAAAAUACUCUGUAGUUUAUUGAAAGCAAUACAGUUUCAAGAGUGUGCAAUAUUUUGUGCUAUGACAGAAGGUUUAAAGUUGACGGUGGAGGAGGGGAAAUGUGUCCAGGCUUCAGCUUACGUUCCUGCUGACAACUUUACAGAGUACCAUGUUAGAGAAGAUGUGGAUGUUAUGUUUAAGAUCAGUAUUGCUGUGUUAGCUGAGUGUUUGAAUAUAUUUGGUUCAGCGGAGGAAUCAAGUUUGAAAAUGUAUUACAGAUGUGAAGGAUCACCAUUACUUUUAGUCCUACAACCACAAUCGGUUCACAAUGUGAUGACAGACUGUGAGAUAUCAACACAGACACCGGAUUCUCUGCUAGACUUACGUGAUUCAGACGCAGACGAAGUUGCUAAGCUAGUGCUCAAGGCACCGGCUUUCCUCGCCUUGUUGGCUGAUUUAGAACGAUCCUGCGAUGUAUUCGAACUCAAUCUAUCGCCUGAACACCCUAAUGUCAGCAUUGUUACCUAUGGUAUGCAGGACCAGUCAUGUAUCGACAUGCCGAAGUCCUCAGACAUGGUGGUAAGCUUCAGCUGCGAGCGAGCAGUGACAUUGCGCUAUCAGCUGCAUCACAUACGACUUGUUAUGAAGGCUCUCGCACUCUCAUCCAAGGUAGUUUUAAGAUUCAGUAGCAAUGGAUUAUUGCUGCUACAAUUGAAGCUUGAGAAAGAAGAUCAAAGACAGAUGUUCUCCGAGUUCUAUAUUGUGCCUCUACUUGAUGAUUGAACUUGGAUAUUGUUAACUAAAUGUAAGUUACCGAAUACUUUCUAUUUAGUACUAGCUUUUACCCGCGACUUCGUCCGCGCGGAAUAAAAAAAUGCA